GCUGAACCUGUGACUUCGGCCAUUGUGCUUUUGGCUUGACACGGCAGCCAAUUCAGCUGGGAAGACGUUGUCCGAUUCUCACAAUAUCUUCAAGUAUCGUACGAUCGAUUCUUACUUUGCCAAUGCCGGGCUCCUACCGAUGGUUGUGAGAUACCUCGUAAUUACCUGUUCGCUUCUGUUCAGCAAUACCCAUAUCUGGCUGUCUCGUAUGAUUUUGCACUUCGAUCCAUGCACGACGCGAUAGGUCGAAAUCCACAAGAUGUAUCGAAUAUUCAAGUCCAUUGAUUCGCGGCAUAUAUUGCACAUGAUUUCGAAUCCCUUGUCGUUAUCUAACUUCCUCCUACGGAAUGCUUCGAACACCUUGACUAGAAUGUUGUGCUUGUUAAAGCAUACAUAUAAUUCUAGGUCACAAAUGGAGCACUGAUCCCAGUCCCAUCAUCAUACACAUCUCAACAACCACUGUUCGAGCAACAUGAUGAAAGAGUUACUCGAAAACGAAAGCCAGCCUCUUUACAUCGGACAAUCGGUGUUCGAUAUGGCUCUUGAGCAAGAUCUUGACCAAGCAAUCGCCCUACACUACAUUCCUGCUGAUUUACUGUCUGAUCGAACCGAAGAAAGUGUCAAUCCCACAGAGCUGCGCUUCCUUCAUCAGCGUUUGAAAUGGCCAGUCUCCCUUCCGGACAAGUCAGUCGAAUAUUCCACUUCUGAGCCGCCAUCUCAAUGCUUAUACUCAGGCGGCCGAUCGCCUCUACCGUCCGCCAAUGCUGUGUCCAGAAUGGUCGACUGGUGUCGGACGCGGUGUGAUGACUACCUAACCUCCGGACCUGCGUCCCCGCCUCGGCUCUCGCGGUCUUUGUACGAAGCCUUGAGUGGCAUACAACUUGAACAUCCGGGUGCAAAAGCCGGCAAAGGACAAAAGCGAGUAAUGCCAAUCACAAAGAGCCACACCAGCCGGACCGCACGCUUACGGGCAUUUGAGAGAGAAGUCUUGCUCGAAGCCCUUGCUAGAAGCCGAGAGGAUGACUACCUAGAUUCGUCCAAAUUUGUAUUCAAGGACCCCAUGCUGGUUGCUUCCUGCAUUCUCGAGGAGUAUCGGCGGAUACAGUGGGCGAAGGAGAUGCUAGUGCUGUUUCCUACUCAAUGUCGCCGGUUAUGUCAAUGACGAUCCCAAAUAGAAACCUGUUCGAAACUGCGGAAGACGACUGAAUUAUCAGCUAGGCGUGAACAUAGUAAUAGGGGUUCCAAUAUUCGGUGCUUCAUUUUUGCAGCAUGAAAAGGGAUGGCGAGCCUUGGGAUGGCGUGUCCUAUUGAGGUUCACACAGCUACGGCAUGGACAAAUUAAUCCUCCUGGUUUGCUCCUCUGCGAGAUUGAGAGAUAUGAAGUCAUUGUUCAGACUCCUACCUCUCACUCGGUCGCCCGCGAGAAUCCGCAUUAACAUUCUCAACGAAGACAGUACACUCCUUUGGAUAUGCAGCUACCAUUUCCUUUGCCCAGCCUUCGCGACGAUAGUCUUCUAGCGGCCACACGCAUGCGUAUGCCUC